AUGAAAUUCAAUCCGCAAACGUUUCUGUUCGCUGUGUGUCUGGGAUUUUGCUUAAACUGGAGCUCUGCUGUCUAUAAUUAUAGAGCACCUCCUCGCGGUUAUUUCUACCCCAAACCAGAACGACUGCCACCUCUGCCAGUCAAUGGCAGUUCGACUGCGACACCGGGUUCCGGCCUACCGCCCGGAGUGCAAUCGGAUUUCAUUGAUGAUCUGAUUGAGGGCCAUAAGCAGCAAAUCUUAUCGAGUGUCUUGGGCGGGGCCAGUGAGACUCCGUUGGAUUCGGCCUCCUCGUCGUUUUCCACCACCUCAGGCCCCUUCUCGCCCCUGGAGGGCGGCGGCGCAAAGGCGUUCCGCGUCAAUCGCUGUGCCAGCUGCACCUGCGGCGUGCCUAACGUCAAUCGAAUUGUGGGCGGCACCCAAGUGCGGACCAACAAGUACCCGUGGAUUGCACAGAUCAUACGCGGAACUCUCCUCUUCUGCGGCGGAACUUUGAUCAAUGAUCGCUAUGUCCUGACUGCGGCUCACUGUGUCCAUGGCAUGGAUAUGCGGGGCGUGUCAGUGCGUCUCCUUCAGUUGGAUAGGAGCUCGACCCACUUGGGAGUGACGCGAUCGGUGGCCUUUGCCCAUGCCCAUGCCGGCUACGAUCCUGUCAGCCUGGUCCAUGACAUUGCCCUGCUGCGACUGGACCAGCCGAUUCCCCUGGUGGAUAUGAUACGGCCGGCCUGCUUGCCCACCAACUGGCUGCAGAACUUUGACUUCCAGAAUGCCAUCGUGGCGGGAUGGGGCCUGAGCGGGGAGGGUGGCUCCACUUCGAGUGUCCUGCAGGAGGUGGUCGUGCCCAUCAUCACCAAUGCUCAGUGCCGGCUUACUUCCUACAGGUCCAUGAUUGUGGAAACUAUGCUCUGUGCUGGCUAUGUCCAAUAUGGAGGUCGCGAUGCUUGUCAGGGUGACAGCGGUGGUCCACUGAUCGUCAGGGACGGUCGCAUCUUCCGUCUGGCUGGAGUGGUGUCCUUCGGCUAUGGCUGCGCCAAGCCCGAUGCCCCCGGUGUCUACACUCGCGUCUCUCGGUAUUUGGAUUGGAUCGCCGUCAAUACUAGAGACUCGUGCUAUUGUAUUAAUUAG